UGUGUGCAAAAUGGCUACCAGUGAUGAUGAACCUAUGCAUCAUUUAUAUGAAGUUUUUACAACUUGUUUUAAUAAAGUAGCUAACAAAGCACCUGGUAAGUAAUUAAUUAUUCCAUUAUUAACAAAUAUAAACCAGUGCUGGGAUAUAUUUUCGGGUAAUAGUGUAAAAAGACGGGAAAAUAAUACCAUGCAAACGCGUGUGAUCCCAAAACAUUGAACAGCUUGCUUUAAAAACCCCUUUGUAAGAUUUUUAAAAUUCGUUAUAAUUGUGCCAGUCCAUAAACCGAUUAUGUGCUAAAACUGUCUAGUUUAUUUUUUUGUGAUUGUAUUAUAUGGUUUCACCGUUAAAAUUAUUUAAAAUACAAAGAGAAAUAUUAUUUGUGUCAUCGUUCCUUCUCUUGUUGAGGAUAUUUUCGUGUUUACAUCUUAACAUAAAAGUAUGUUCAUAGUUUUAAACAUGAAAGUAGAGAAAAACAAUGAAAAGUUUUGAUUAAUAUGUUAAAACAUUAUUUUUUUAAAAAUAUUUGUAAUGUUCUAAUAAUUUUACCUUAAAUCGGCUUUUUAAAAUUCUAGAUGUUUUUAAAAAUUAUUUAUAUAUGAAAUCGCUGUAAAUUUUUCUUCAGUUACAAUGAAAUAUUAAUAUUUAACAAUGUCAAUUUCUCUCUUAUAGUAUUUGUAAAUUAUAAUGAUAAUCAUAUAAACAGUGAACAAUACAAAGUAUUUAUAUUUAAAACUUGUUUUGAAAUCAGAUUUAAAAAGUUGUUGUUGACAAAAAUAUUAUGAUUUGAUAUAAUCUAUAACAGAGGACAAAAAAAUUUCAUAGUAGAAAACUGCAUCAUAAAUGAAAAACGAAAAUUUGAAUAAUUUUAAAUGAAUAAUUGGGAAACUAUUUAUUUUUUAUGUUGGGUAUAAAUAUUUUAUGUUAAAUUUUAGCUUCAAAAUUUCUUUUAGUAUUCGUCUUGUUUAUUAAUUUUUCACGUUAUUAAAGUCAAUAGGAGAAAGAUCUGGUGAUUUAGGGAGACAUAAUCUCUUCUUCUUUUCAUUGUUUGGUUUCCCUAAGAAUAUUUGCUUAUUUUAUCUCCUAUUGUAAUAGAAUAUUUUAUUUUCACUUCUCAUUUCAUUCAAAUUUUAUGCAACCUUUGUUGAUUAUAUUGGAAGUUUGCCUUGUGUAUUCUUUUGUAAUUAAUUCCCUUUAGAAUUUGGGUCUAUUAGAUGUCUUAAAUAGUUUCUUUCUUCCCUGUAAGGGGGUAAUAGAAACUUUUUGACAGUAAAAGAAGAUCUUAUGGUUUCAUAAGUGGAAAAUAAGUUCAAAUGUACGUCUACCCAAUUUUUUUUGAGAAUUUUUCAAAUUUAGGUGGUACUAAAUGUUGGGGAGACAUUUAAACUUUAUUAAUAAAAUUAAUUCAAUAAACUAUACAAAAAUUUGGUUCAUUUGUGUAAAACUAUUAAAAACUGAUAAUAAAUUGAAAUACCAUGCAGUUGAAUAUGUUAUUUAUUUCAGUUUGGUUUUUCUUUCAAAGAUAACAUGGAAAAACGAUUUUGUGAAACAAAUGUUUGAACAUUUCUUCAAUUAUAAACAUGCUUUAAUUAAGUUGUCUUGUGAUCAGAGUUGGUUAAGAAGCAGUACAUCGUUGUAUAAUUAGUGUUGCAUUCAACUAAUUCCCUUUAGAGAAGUUUCAAAUUAGUUUUUUGUUAGUUAGGGCCUAGAAUAUGUCUCCAUAGUUGUCCAAUAUCAAAAAUACUUUUACAGUAAAAAAGAAGAAACUUCCUUAAGUAGGUGAAAUAUACUUAUAACCUGUAUGUCAAAACAAAUUGGUAGUUAUUUAAUAUUUUUGGCUUGAUUAUUAAAAAAAUGCAUGGGGUGUUUCCAAUAACAUCUAAUUAUGAUAAUUUAUAUUUUUUUGCUUAUUUGAGUGUGGAUGAAUGAAAUAAUUUGAUGUAACUGAUGCCUAACUGGAUUGAAAUUCGAUUAUCGAUAUAGAGUAGCAAAAUGUAUAUGACGUGUCCACUGGUUCCUCUGCAUUAUGAAUUAGAGUUAUUUUACAUUAUUAAUUGGGCUUAAAAGUCUAUUAAUUAGUUUUGUGACAGAUAAAGCGUGUUGUGUGCUGGCGACGUGAGGGGUUGUUGGAGUUGUACAAAAUUUAACAUAGCCAUCGAUCAAUAACACUAUUUUUCUCUUUAAAUGUGAUAAAUACACACUAGGAACGUUCAAUUUCAAUCAAAUACUAUUAGUGCUAAUUUUUGAAUAAUUUUAAAAACAUUCACACUUUGAAAUGUCUAAUAUUUACUUACUGUAUAGUCAUAAAUUGUUCUCUAUAAAUUAUUUAAACUAAACUAUUUGAAAUAUCAUUAGAUAACAUCAAUUUAUCAUUAUUCCUGAAUUUUAUCAGUUACGAUAAUUUUCAAUUUUUUAAGUACUCGUUUUUAUUUGAAUCAUAAAACUUUCGUGUCAUUGGAAAAUUUUGUUUUAAAAAAAAAUAUGGAUUGGAUUUUUGAAAAAGCUGGAUUUCAACCUCCCUACGGCGGUUUAGACAAUGGAAUGGCGUACGCGUUAAAUCCCGCAGGUCCGGUUUACACGGGUCCCGGUGCCAGUCCGACGCAAGCACCCGCCGAACCGUUUACGGCCGAUAGUCCGUAUUUUCCGUUUAACGCGCGACCCGGUAGUCGGUUAUCGCCGGCCAAAGCGAAAAUUAUAUCCGUCGCCGGCUUAAGGCCGACCAAAGAAGAACCCACAGGUACGGCGACAACACUAGACGGCCAAUGGGGAGUGUACGGAUCCGACGAAUUCCACGAAUCUCCCCGAUACACAUCACCAGGAGCGAACUCCUAUUACCUAGCGACUGAUGGAACGCCUAAUCCCGGUGUGGGUGGCAGCGGUCCCUCCCCGACAGCAGGGGGCGGCACCGGGGGUAGCGAAUGGCCCGCCUCAUAUACAUACCAAACCUACGAAGCCUUCGGACUUAUACCGGAAACAGAACCGCCAGGAGGUUUACCGCCUAUGUCUUCGUUAAGGCCUAACGGUACACCCACCGCAACUACCUUAGCCGGACCCAAUGCACCUUUUGGACCACCCAACAACGACGCAGUAGUUAAUAAAGGACUAGGAGGAUUAUACACACCAGCCGAACAGGCUAGCGCGAGUAGCUACAGUUCGGCACCAUCUACACCAGUCAGUUCACCGCCUCCCAUAAAUCCUGCCGGAUGGUUAACAAAUCACAGUACCCCGCAUUCGCCUCAUUAUACACAAGCCGUUAGUGUAAAUACUACUGUAGCUCCUCAGGGAAUACACAUGCCUCCUGCACCAGAAGCACAACGUUUAGACGAUGCUAUAGGUUUCCUUAGGGAUCAUUCCGAAGCAACGGGUACUAGAAUGGAAGAGAGAUUAGACGACGCGAUAAAUGUAUUGAGGAACCACGCGGAACCUUUAGGAUUAGUCGGACAACUUCCCGCCCAUCAAAUGACACAACUCGGAUAUCCGGCGCCACCCGCCGAAGCUCAUCUAAACGAUAGUAUUAAAGUUGAACGGCCCACGUACAACACGAAAAAACGUAAAGAACCGCCAGAUAUGGAUACGAAACCAUCCAGUUCAGUAGAAAGUUUAGUACAACCAAAUUCAACCAGUGGCCCCCCUCCAAAAUCUACAAAAAGGUCGAGGAGAUAUGUUGAUAAUUGUUUAAGUAAUACCGAUGAAGACGAAAUUGACGACCCCAACAACAAGGCCAUACGCGAGAAAGAGCGUAGACAGGCCAACAAUGUUCGUGAACGUUGUUCCAGUGCCGAUGAAACAGAGGAAGGUGAUUUAGAUCCUGAUAUUAAAGCCCAAAGGGAAAAAGAAAGGAGGCAGGCUAAUAAUGCAAGGGAAAGGAUAAGAAUUCGCGAUAUAAACGAAGCUCUAAAAGAAUUGGGUAGAAUGUGCAUGGCGCAUCUAAAAACCGACAAACCACAGACCAAACUCGGAAUUUUGAAUAUGGCUGUCGAGGUGAUUAUGACCUUGGAACAGCAAGUUAGAGAGAGGAAUCUCAAUCCCAAAGCAGCUUGUUUAAAAAGGCGAGAAGAAGAAAAAGCAGAAGACGGGCCAAAAUUGGGUCCAGGACCUCAUCACAUGCUCUCUACGCCUCAUUACCCCACGUUACCUGGGGGACCUACGAAUUUGCCUCACAAUCCAGGUCAGCCACAAUAGCAGUGAUAGUAUAUUCUGCUAUCUGUACAUACACUUUCGUACAAAACGGCAUCAUCAUAUUCUUCAUCUCCAUAUAAACGAUUAUCUAUUUUUUUAAGAAUAUUAAUUAGUGAUACGGUAUACAUCGUAUUUUUACUCCUUUGUUUUAUUUUUUUAUUAUUUACUUUAUACAUACAUAUAUAUAUAUUUUUUCCACUUUAAUUCGAGGAACAAAUUAAUGUUUUGAGACAGCUUUAUUUAUUUUAGUUUGUCGGGGUAGCUGUUAAUAAGAGAUAUUUAAAAUAAUUGUUCGUAUUCGAACUAGAGGCUAUUUCUUUAUUCGAUAAAAAAAACAAAAACAGUCGCCGAUCCAAAAAUUGAACAAAUUUCUUAUAGUGAAAAUAUUAAAUUAUUAAUAGAUCGGCAACGCGCAACUUUCACUUAAUAUCUUCCUUAAUCUUUGUCAUGAAACAAAAUUUUAUUACCGGGUUUGUAGUAAAUUAUAUUUUUGAUAAAUUCUAAGUAAUAAUAAACAGUUAUAUGACAUUGAUAUAGUAUUUUUAUCCAAUCAGGCAGCUUCUUUCCAGACAUUUUUCAUUCGUUAUGAAAUUCAUUCCAACCCGUAACCGGUAAAGUGACUUCUCCAUUACAUAACUGGUGAGGUAGGCAAACCCGGAAUGCAGAAAAUGCAGAAAAAAAUCUUAUUUUUAGUAAAGUUUAUUUAAGCAAUGACCCACAGUGGCAUAGCUACAAAAGGAGGGGAGGCAAUUAGCAAGGAAAUCUAAGUUGGAGUUUUGGGACCGUUGGUGAUGUUCACACGGCUUAUGUUUAACUUACCAGAUAUGAUAAUAGCUAAAAAUAGUAUAUAACCAGAAUUAAAACCGCUUUUUAAUUUUAACUUCUAACAACUUUUCGUUUAUGGGAAGAAUGAAUUUGUUGCCAGGCACAUAUUUCCUUCAAAACAUGUACCUGAAGCCGGAUUAAUUAUAUUUUGAUACAUGCUGCUACCUUUUUCUUUAUUCGAACUUUAUGUUUCAUAUCUCCAUAUCCAUUUGAGCUUUUUGUUUCCAAAAGUCUCAACGCAAAUUGGGAAUUUUCAACACUUUGGAGGUUACAAGAAAGUUGAGCUCAAUACCAUUGGCAGGACUAUUUAAAAUUAUUUUUCUUCUUCUUUUUGUGCUGAAAAUCUUGAUUGUCUGAUGCUGAGAUUCAACUUCAACAAUUUACUGAUCACUGAGUGGUACCUCUAUUUCAGAAUGAAUCUCAUGCUUACUUUUUUACUUUUUGAUUCACUUGAGACAUUAUUGGCCCAAUUUUUAAAACGGUGGUCAUCUGUCUUCAUUUGAGGAUCUGAAGAUGUCUAAACACAAAAAUCGUAACAAUGACUGAGUUUGGGAAAGACCCACUUCGCUAGUUCCGGGCUAAUAUUUUGUAUUUAAUGGAAAAUGUCUGGAAAUAUUUUGAUUUCUGUCGAAACUGAUAUUUGGUGAAAGUAUUGAUCCAGUGCAAUUGAAUAACUUGAAAUUGUUUAUUUUUCUACAUUAGAAAACGCGAAUUUAUUCACAUUUUUAUAGGAAAUGUAAUUUUUUUUAUAUGAGGAAUGGCUUUUAGCUUCAAUUUAAGUGUUUUCAGCUACUUCUUUGUAUUAAUGUCCAGUGAAAGCACGUACAACUCGAAUUAUUUAAAAAGAAAAAUCUAAUAUUUUCUUUAUUAUGGAAAUAAUUGAGUUUUUUUUUAAUAUUUAAGUUGCUAACGUGAUUCUAUUCGACUAUCGAGCUUUAUAUGUGGUUUGAGACGUUUGUGCCAAUAACAAAUACUCUCCUUGUUUAUAUCCUUCCUAUUUUUGAUCUCUCGAUUGCCAUCUUUUAUUUAAUAUUAUUUAAAAAAAAAACAAAAA